CGCUACUACCAGGUGACGUCACCGCCAGCGACCGCCGGCUGUUUGCAGCAUCGAGAGGGAAGGCGCUCCGGAGUGAUGGCGUCUUCGAUCUGGAAGGGGCUGGUAGGGGUCGGUCUGUUCGCCUUGGCACACGCGGCCUUCUCCGCAGCUCAGCAUCGUUCCUACAUGCGACUUACUGAAAAGGAAGACGAGACACUACCAAUAGAUAUAGUUCUCCAAACCUUGUUGGCUUUUGUAGUUUCCUGCUAUGGCAUUGUGCAUAUUGCUGGAGAAUUUAAAGACAUGGAUGCUACGUCAGAGUUAAAGAAUAAAACCUUUGACACAUUAAGAAACCAUCCAUCAUUUUAUGUAUUUAAUCACCGAGGUCGGGUCAUGUUUCAGUCGCCCGAUUCAGAGGAUUGUCACCAAAACCAAGCUACAUUUCCGUCCAAUCCUUCGCUGAAGCUUCGAAAACUAGAACCGAUGAAUCGUUAAAAACAGAUUUUUACUGAUCAUAGAACAGGACAUUGAAAUAACAUUGGAGUCCCGGAUGUAAACAAUUUUCUUUCCUUUUUUUUUUUUUUUCUUUUUCUGGAGCUGUAUCUAUAUUGAUCUUCCAGACUUUAUAAAAAUUAUAAACGAGGACUUUCUUUGUACACCUAAUAAAGAGGACUGUAUUGCGGAUUUGCAAUGCAGUGUAACUUAUUGCUACAAUUAUGCUGUGAAAGAUGUCUUUUAACUUGGGAAAAUAUUAAACAAUGCUGCAGCUGG